UAGGUUGUCGCUCUUCUGUGUUGUCAUAUCCAAACAUGUACAUCAUGUUCAAACCGCUAGAUUUUUUUAUUCCUGUUUUUUGAUUCCUAUCACCAUGAGUAACCCUUGUAGAGAAGUGAUCACUCUCCAGCUGGGACAUUACUCAAACUUUGUGGGGACUCACUGGUGGAAUUUACAGGAUGCAUCUCUGUCAUAUGAUCCAGAAGCCCCACCGGGUGAUGUCCAGAGUGAUGUUGUGUUUCGUGAAGGACAGACUCUGGGCGGACAUGUCACCCACACACCUCGGCUCAUCAUCAUGGAUCUCAAAGGAAGUCUUCGGACCCUACGGCAGGAAGGAUACCUGUAUGACCCGGGAAAAGACACGUCAGCUGUCACAUGGGAGGGAAACCUCAUGAUGCACCAAGAAAGUCCUCCUCCUAAGAACUCCUUUCUUGAAGAUCUGGACAAGUUGGAUAGAGGGGAGAUCCUGGCUGAAGCUGAUUUUUACUCCACUCCUCAGCCUCACUGCUCUGCGAGCGCAGUGAGUGUGGACACAGUGAACAGUCAGCUGGCUCGGGUGCAGAAGGCGUACAGGCUGGAGGGCAGCGUAAAGGUGUGGUCAGACUUCCUCAGGAUCCACCUGCACCCUCGCACCAUCUCUGUCAUCCACCAGUACAACCAUGACGGGGAGGCUCAUCGUCUGGAAGCUUUUGGUCAGGGAGAAACUCUUCUGCAGGGGCUGGUGCUCGAGGAGCUGGAGGACAAGCUGCACUUCUUUGUGGAGGAGUGCGAUUACCUUCAGGGUUUCCAGGUUUUGUGUGACCUCGCUGACGGGUUUUCAGGCCUGGGCUCUAAAGUCACAGAGCUGCUGCAGGACUCUUAUGGAGGGAGAGGUAUCCUCACCUGGGGGUUAGCACCUGUCAGUCACCCAAACUCAACCCCAAUGAAGGACCUGUACCACAUGUUGAACUGUGCGUUAGGAACAGUUGACCUGGCCAAUCACAGCUCCUUUUUCUGUCCUCUGACCCUCCGUGGUGGACUUGGAAGACGACCCUCCUCUCCCAUAGCAUUCCCAUAUCUGACCUACGAUCCCUCACUGUGGUUCCACUCCAGCUCCGUUCUGGCGUUGGCCCUCGAUGCCUUAACUCUGCCUUACAGGCUGAGGAACAACAGUGUCCCCAUGUGGCAGCUGGCAGACACACUGGCUGUGUCAGGGAAGAAGGUGGUUGCUGCUUAUGGUGCCAUCCCUUUUCCCAUGAUGCAUGGCGGCUCUCUCCCUGAUGCUCUGAGCACCUGCGCUGAUUCGCUGCCAUGGCAACCCUUAUCAGCGUGUCCUGAACUGGGUGAUGGUCGAUGCUAUGGACAGUGGACGAUGCUCAAAGGGUUCGAGGGCCAGAAACUCAUCAGCUCUCUAGCUCCAGGGAUCAAACCACCGACUCCUCUGCACAGCCUGUACAGCGGGGAGGACGUCCUGGCCUCCUACAUCAGAUCCUUCUAUCCUACAGCUCCUCUAGCCCUUCAGCUGGUGCCUUCUUCCAGUAAGCUGACGCCACCUUUCCCUCAGAUCUUCAGUCAGUCUGUGGAUGCUCAGGGCUUCCUGCAGAGUCAGCCUCCACCGCCCGGCUCUCCCGCCCCUGUGGUUUCCUCUGUUCCCGUCUUGACGUCCCUCCAGUCCAGUCCCUCCCUCAGCCCCUGGCUGUCCGAGCUUCAUCGAGGUGUCAGCGCUUUCGACAUCCGCCGCGUGGCCCCCAGUUUCCUCUCACACGGGCCUGAAAUGGCCGACUACAAGGAGUCCCUGGAGCAGCUGCGCAUACUGGCCCGAUGCUAUCGUGAUGACAGUGGCGGGGUGAUGCGCUCUUCAUCAGAGGAGGAUGAUGAUGACUGAAUCUGGCAGUCUGAGCUUCAUCAUCUGGAUAAAAUGACAGCUGCUGCGUUUAUAGAGACACGGAGAGGGAAAGAGGAGCUGAGGCUCUGUGAAGGAUCAGGACUGAAUUACACGCUGACUGAAGUAAGCAAACUGGUGUUACUGAGCCUGCAGGACACUGAUGAGGUUAUUGAAAGUUUGAUCUCUUAAAGAGAUAAAUGUUGAAGCAUCAUGAAACUGUAAGGACUGUGGUUAGAUUUCUGUAAAUGACUGUAUCUCUAAUGUUUUUAUACUAAACGCACACUAUAAAAUGACUGUAUUUACAUAAACGUUUAUUGUUUUGGGCACAGGUUGCUCCGAAUGUUUAAAGAGUAAAUGACCGAUGUUGAAAAAGCACAUUAGCUUUGUCUUGUGGAAACAUUUCCCUCUUAUCAUAAAAUAGACAUGCCUGUAUAACAUUGUUUUGCUUCAACACACUAAAAAAGUAAAACUGACCAAAAUUCAGAGCAUGACAGUUAAAAUCUGCUUGUAGCUCUUUAAUUAUCCUGCAUCUACAUGAUAGUGCUGCACAAUUAAUCUAAAAGCAAUUGUGAUGUCAGGCUGUGCGAUUACAUGAUCCCAUAAAAUGCUGCCGUUAUUUCAGUAUGAAGUAGUACUUGAAAAGUUUAUGAAAAGCCUGCAGAAAGGCUUUGAAGUUUACAACAGUGCCACUAUUGCUCUUUGUAGAAGCACCCUUUAUUUAAUAAAAUCAAAUAAAUAUCUUUUGGGCAAAGUUAUUUUAAAGCAGUACUGGAAAAACUUCAGCUUUUGAAUUUUUUUAUGCUGCUUUGUAUGUUUUCAGUUGAGAUAAACACUUCAAAAAUAUUAUUGCUCUCUGCAUUUCCCUUGAUAAUCAAACAGAUUAACCAAGCACGCCAGAUGGAUUUGUUUCACACAUCCAUCUGGGAAACCUCUCAUACACAGUGUUUGGGAAAGGGCAGAGCCUUUGAAAAAAAACUUGGAGGGUGAUUGGAUGAACAUCUAUCUGUCACAUCUUUAAGGGCCAAUCAGAGCAACAAAACAUGUGAUGCAGCCGCCAGCAAGCUGCGCCCCUACCGAAGAUGUAAACUCCAUAAGAGCUACAUAACGUGAACCAUGGCGACUGUAGACAUGUCAGUACAAGACUUUUGUCGUUUAUGAAA